GGCAACAAUUCAGGGACCUCAGAAAAACGUGAACCUUGACCCUCCAGAAUCCUUACCACAUCCCGCACCUACACAAUGGCCAGCACUCAAAAGGACGCCGCAGCCAUAGAGGCUGCGAAGGAGCUUGCAAAUGUGCCCUGGUGCGAUGACUACGAGAAGAUGAUAUCCGGUGUCUUGUACGAUGCGCAAGCGCCAGAACUGGUUUCAGGGCGCUUUCGGGCCCGACAGUUCAUGCACAAAUACAACCAUUAUUUCCCUGAUGGCGCCACCCCUGACUCGCUGGUCGCAGACAGGGAGACAAUGCUGAAGGGAAUAUUCGGAAAAGUUGGGACCGGGGCGUUCAUUGAACCGCCAGUCAACAUUGACUACGGCUGCAAUAUCAUUAUUGGUGACGGCUUCUACUCAAACUUCAAUCUCGUAAUUCUGGACUGUGGCAUAGUCACAAUCGGUGAUCGUGUCAUGUUUGGACCAUUUGUGUCGAUAUUUUCUGCAACUCACGAGACGGAGGUGCAGUCACGUCGGGACGGGAUCGAGUACGCCAGGCCAGUGACCAUCGGAGAUGAUUGUUGGAUUGGUGGGAACACCACCAUCAUGCCUGGCGUGACGAUCGGAAAGGGAUGCACAAUAGGUGCCAGCAGCGUGGUCACGAGAGACAUUCCCGACUAUUCUGUUGCGAUCGGAUCCCCAGCCAGGGUUGUGAAGACGGUCACUCCAGGCCCAGCUCCGGGCAUAUGACCGGGGGCAGGACAAGUCAGGAUGAAGUCAACAAAGGCCCAUUAAGAAAUAACAAACUGGAUGACUAGAAUGGACCCGGUUGUUUGACGGAAGCGAUGCUGCUUCACUCACCACUUGGGCACAGGACCGGUUCAGCACUUACGGUUGAGCUGGAAAUCCCUAGUCAGUUGGGCAGGAAUUAUUCGAAACCACAUCCAUUGGAUUCAGGUUCCGCUGCUGUUACUGUUUCCCCUCUCCCCUCUGAAUCAACGACUAACCCCGGGA